UUAGCAUGUUCGGUUGAUGGUGCACUGAAAACGUGCGCUGGUAAGAACGUGUUCGAUUGGAUUGCACUACCCCAGUUCAGUGAUACUUCUAUGUUCGGUUGAGGCGCACUGUAUUGUAUAAAACGCACUGAAAUGCACUGAGAUUUUUGUCAGUGCGGUUCAGUGCAAAGUUGACGUAACCUAUAAAGUAUGGCAGGAAAAAUAUUAUUAUUGGACGAACUUAUAGAUAGUUCAAGCAGUUCCAGUGAUGAAGAAAUAACGGCAAUAGUAAUGAAAUGUACUGAAACUGAUAGAAUUCCAAAAAUAAAGAAUAUGAUGGAAAUUAUUAAUGAAUAUUCUGAUAGAGAGUUUCAGCGUCAUUUUCGUUUAAAACGGAGCACGUUUGACCAAUUAAAUACUAUGUACUCAAAUUCAGAAAUUUUUAAUUCAUUAAAAGAACAUGGUGGGUGGGAAGUUAUAAGUAGUGAUAGACAGCUGUUAUCAUUCUUAUGGUAUGCAGGAAACAAAUGUGUGAUACGAGACGUUGCAUCUAGAUUUAAUGUAGCAGAAUCUACUUUUCAUUCUAUCGUAUCAAACGUUAUUAAAUAUUUAAAUAAUAUUGCUCCAAAUAUAAUAAAAAUGCCAGAUACAGAAGAAAGAAAAAGAUUA